UGAUCUAGUGAGCGACCUUUGAGCCUUGACCCUCGCCUCUGUUUCUCAUCAUAAAAAUCGUGGACCUUAAAAAUAAACGUUUUGGUAGAAGGCCGUCACCAUGGACAGGGUUAACACCACUUCAGCGGUUUGCUCGGUGUUCGCUGGUGUCUUGACAUGUUAUGUCGGUCUGAAGGUCUACAAGAAACGACAGGUGAAGAAGAAGGCCUUGAAGAAGAGGGAAGAAAGUCGGAGGGCCCUGCAAGACGUCCAGAGAUCCGUGGCAACUGAUGAUCCCCUAACAGCAUCCAAAAGACGGGAGAUCCUGUCCCUGACCCUGGCCCAGCUCAGCCAGCAGCUGAGAGAUGGACAGCUGUCAGCUGUACAGGUGCUGCAGGCAUUCCAGGAGAAGGCAAUUUCAGAGAAUGACAAACUCAACUGCUUGACUGAGCCAGUGCCAGAUGCUUUGGCCAGGGCUGAGGGCUUGGAUGCAGGAGGUGGGAAGGAGGGACUACUGCAUGGUGUUCCUGUGUCGAUCAAGGAUAAUGUCAAUAUCAAGGGCAUGGCGACCACCAUGGGUGUGACAAAACACCUGGACAUACCUGCAGAUGAGGACGCUGUUAUUGUCCAGGUGUUGAAGAAACAGGGAGCUGUGCCCUUUGUCAAGACCAACGUUCCACAGACUCUACUCAGUAUGGCCUGCAGCAACCCUGUGUUUGGUGAGACCUUGAACCCAGUUGACCCCACACGAUCCCCGGGUGGGUCGUCAGGCGGGGAGGGAGCCUUGAUCAGAAGCGGGGGGUCCGUCCUGGGCGUCGGCAGUGACAUCGCCGGGAGUGCACGCAUACCUGCCCACUUCUGUGGCAUUCAUGGAUUCAAGCCAACUGCAUACAGGAUCAGGUGGGCUAGCCUGGUAUCCAGCCAUACAGGUCCCGUGUCUCUUCUGUCCUCCAUACAGAAAGAACAGAAGAGACUUGGCGCUAUAAUAUGGCUGGAUACUAGGCUAAAGGUGGUGGUUUCAGCUCCUGGUCUGCUGGCCAGAGAUGUGGACAGUCUAGCCCUGGGUAUGAAGGCUCUACUGGUACCUGACAUGUUUCAACUGGACCCACUGGUGGUACCCAUACCCUUCAGACAGGAGAUAUAUGAUGAUAAGAAGCCCAUGAGGAUAGGAUACUUCCCCGCCCUACAGUCCUGUCCCCCCACCCCAUCCAUGGGGAGGGCUGUCAUCAUGGCAAAGGAAGCCUUGGAGAAAGCCGGACACACGCUGGUUGUGUUUGAUCCACCAGACCAGAUGUACGCAAUCAUGGACCUGGCCUUCAGGCUCAUCAGUGCAGAUGGUGGGAAAACCUUCUACACCGAGUGGCUGAAAGAUGAAAUCAUUGAUGAUCGUAUCAAGAGCCAAGUCAGUCUCAUGACCAUGCCAUACUACCUACGCAACAUCAUGGGCUUUCUACUCAGGCCGAUCUGGCCAAGGGUUAGCAGGAACAUGUCAUACAGAUUACUCGGGUCAAUCUACGAACUCUGGCAAAGGCUGGUAGAAAGAGAGGAGUACAUACAGAAGUUCCUGGCAGACUGGAGGGAGAAGGAACUAGACGUGUUGCUGUGCCCGGCAUUCGCCAUACCCGCCUGCAAACCACAGCACGCUGGUCCCAUUAUCUUGGCUGCUAGCUACACAGUACUAUUCAACCUUCUCAACUUUCCUGCCGGAGUUGUUCCUGUUACCACGGUAACAGAGGAGGAUGACAGGCUGCUGGAUGAUUGGCGUGGCUAUGGCAACGACCUGUUUGAUCGGCUUUUCAAACAGACAUCCAGAGGUGCAGUGGGUCUCCCCGUGGCUGUCCAGUGUGUGGCACUGCCGUGGCAGGAGGAGAAGUGUCUCAGGCUCAUGAAGGAAGUGGAGACUGUGUGUCCCGUGUGAACUGCCUUUACUGUAGAACGUGAGAUGACAUGUGUUAGGUGCAGUACCGUGUCUGUCCAGUGUGUGGUGCUGUCGUGGCAGGAGGAGUGCCUCAGACCUAUGAAGGAAGUGGAGACUCUGUGUGGCCUGUCAUGACUUCAGAAUUAUCUAGCUAGCUCCAGAUCUACAUAUUGGUUUUAUAGCUUUAAAUGAUUUCAGUAAUGAAUAGACUUGAGUCAGCAAACUUAUUAGACCAUAAUAGUUUUCAAAAAGGAGAUUUUUGGCACCAAAAUUAAAGUUGAAUCAGUUAUAUAGCUUAGUGAUAUAGUUAAGUCAUUGACUUAGUUAGGUUAAGUUAAAGAAACAAUAAUAUGUCUAUUGGCCUAUUAGGACUUAAAAUGAUGAAAACUGUAUGUCUCUUAUGAUGAUGAUGAUGAUGAUGAUGAUGAUGUUAUAUAUUUUGUCUGAUUUUAAUAGUGUGUCACAGUAGCUGCAGUAGAAGCUAUGAACUGAAAAGACAUUUGUA